CUGUGGUUUCUGUACACAGGACAUGUCGAUAUCAAUGUCAACAACGCGUUCGAUUUAAUGUCCAUUGCAGACUACUUUCUUUUCACCGGCCUGAAAUAUCUUUCCAGUAAGUUCAUUCAAGAAACGUUUUGUGUUUCAAACUGCAUCAUGGCAUAUUAUUCCAGCGUGAAGUAUCAUUGUUCAGAAUUACAAGAAGCCGCCAGACGCUUCAUUUUUGCCAACUUUAUGCACGUGGCGAGAACUGAAGACUUCCUUAGUUUAAGCGCCGAGGAAGUUGAGGAAUGGAUUUCAAGUAACGAGGUGGUUAUCAAAGAUGAAGAGGAAAUUUUUAGGGUCAUUUUGAGAUGGACGGAGAAAGCUGUUGAUAGAAAGCAAAGUUUCUGUACCCUAUUUCGUCAUCUGCGUUGUUUGUAUAUCCCACUCAGCUACCUUGUUACGGUCAUUUUACAACACGAGCUCGUGAAAAACGAGAAAAAAUGUAUGGACUCAGUGCUUAAUGCCAUGAGAGAAUUUUCUGAUGGAACAGAUGCAUGUUUUUUUAAGCAGUCACCAAGAAGUUGCCUGAGAACCCAGGAGGAAGUCAUUUUUGGUUUUGGAGGAGAAGAUGGUAACAAGUUGGUUUGUUACCAGCCAUCUGAGAACAAAUGGUACCAGAUGCCAGGACUACAAUCCUGUCGAAAUAGAUUUUCUCUCGCUACAACCGUUUGCAAAAGUAAGCUCUAUGUUGUUGGUGGAAGUACUGCAGAAUUUACAGUUGAAUGGUAUGACCCAGUUGUAAACACUUGGUCACCAAUCAAGUCUUUCAAACAGAAAAUCAAGUUUCCUGCUGCUGUCACAUUCCAGGGCUGUCUGUAUGUGAUUGGUGGGUUAGAUAUGGAUGAUGAACCCUUGAACACAGUACAACGAUACAACCCUGACACAGACUUCUGGCAAGAAGUUGCCCCACUUAGUUGUGGCCCGAGGUCUAGAGUAGGUGUUGUGUCUGAUGGAAGCUACAUCUAUGCAAUUGGAGGAAUGAAUUCAUUUGACAUAUUGAAUACAGUUGAAAAGUUUGACCCUAAAAUGUCUUCCUGGAGUGCAGUUGCACCAAUGCAGGCACAAAGAAAACACCUUUGUGGUGUAAAUUUAAAUGGCAGAAUUUUUGUUUUCGGAGGAGUUUAUGAUGAAACUGGUGGAUGUCCUUGUGAGGUGUACGACAAAGAAGCAAAUAUUUGGACUGAAAUUUCAAAUAACUUCGCCCUGAGAUUCCCAGCAAGUGCUCUGCAUUUCAAGGAGCAAAUUUUUGUGUUUGGUGGAUUUGGUGUAGAUCAGAGUUUUUUCCAAGAAAUGAUAUUACAAGUUUAUGAUGUCAAAGCAAAUGAGUGGAAGCCGUGCAGCAAUGCUUCACUUGGAUCAUGGUUGUACAAACUUUCUGCUGGGAGGAUUUCCAGAGAACUUUUGAAUUCUUGUGAAUCAAUUUCAGUACUUUAAAGUAAUGUUCCCUGAGGUCUCAUGAGUUAAAUAUUUAAUAUUCUAGUUCAUAUCUGGUUAAAAACACACUGAGUCACCAAAACAAACAGGGUUUUGGAGGAAAUUAAUCCCUAACCCAAAUGAGGCCUUUAAAGUUCAGUUGACAAAAAAAAAAAUAAAAUGGGAUAAAAAAAGGUCUUUGAUUUAACAGAUACAGUGAAACCUCUAUUAAGCGGGCACCUUCGGGACCUUCCCAAGUGUGCGCUUAAUGGAGGUUGUAAAAGUUGCACAAUGUCUGUUAGCCAUCGACAUUCAAUGGUUACUCUGUACUGUGAUAAAGUUGCAUGUUGUUAAAGAAGCUAUCUAGAGUUCAAGUUCAUUACCUUUCAUUACCAACUUUAAUUUGUCUGUAAAUGCAAAAACAUUAACUGACUUCAGAACGUAUUUCAAGGGCGUAAUCCAAUACUCCUAUUGUCAAUUAAGUCUGGUGUCCGCUUGAUAGAAGUUUUUAACAAUAGAAAUUAGCCAAAUACAACUUAUUUUAGUGUCAGCAUCCGCUUAAUGGAGGUGUCUGCUAAGAAGUUAAUUUCAGGAUCCGGCUUAGUGUCCACUUAAUAGAGGGUGUCUGCUUAAUUGCGGGUCCGCUUAAUAGAGGUUUCACUGGGGAGGUGCAAUCCAACCAGGAGAGAGCCAAGAACAACACUGGAGGCUGAAGUCUCUAGUGGGGCAAAGAUUACAUUGUCUGGGACUGAAUUUUGAGGGUAGGUAAAAGUGAAUCUAAAGUCGUGCAUAUUUCUCAAAUAUUUGAAUUUUAAAGUUAUGUUUAGGUAAGGGACCAUUCAUUUUUAAUGGGGGAGGGUUAUGGGUGCUCCUGUAGCAUAUGAUGACCCCCCUCUUCAUAAGACAUUUUUUGGGGUGGCCCCACCUUGUAUCCCAAAUUGAGUUUUAUUUAAAAAAAACGGCAAACCUCUAUUAAACAAUCAGUUGGCAUUCCCCCCCCGGGGGGGGGGCUACAAAAAAAAACGAAUAAUUGAAGUGGUCAGUCCAGUGGCGCAAACUGUGCAAACAAAUUGCACAGUUAAGGUGUUUACAGGGUCCGGCUAAAAGUGGAACCAUAUCGUUAAAAAAUUGUGACUUAUUUCUGCUCAGGUAAAAAAACUUGCACACUUUGCCGUUCAAAAUCUUGGACGAUUCUGCGAGUGCAUGCCGUGUAAACGAAAGGCGGAUUCGUACAAGUUUUUGUCCGCUCAUAAAUUUGUCCGGAACCAUAAAACGGGGUGUAAAUGAGGGUCUUCUCUUUAACUAUCUACAGCAAUUAAUAAACAAUCUGUUUUCAAAGACAUCCCAUAAAAUAAAUAAGUAACAGUGGAACACUUUUCUUCUCUGCUACAGUCACCAAAAUCCGGAACAAGAAAUUGCAGUUUGCAAAACUGAUCAAGUCUUGCAAUUUUUAAAAUGUUCAGUCUUGUUUUAACAGGGAAGAAAACGUUUAUAACAGUUAUUCUUCCCGGCUGAUUCCCUCAACCCUGUCCACUUUAUAUCUAUCACGCACACGAUCGUCACUUUUAGCAACCCGGCUUUCACUAAACUAAUUGAGUUACUCAAUUGGUUCCUUACUAUACAUGCAUGCCUCCUCAACUUCAACCAAACGUAACUCCCCUUCAACGGUUAUAAAAAGAGCAAUAGGUUUAAUGAGCAAAACAACUGUGCACGUGCAUCACGCUUUUUUGUACAUUUCUUUGCUGUCCCUGCACAACAACGACAUGAAAUGACCACAUUUUAAGUUUGACUUGAGUACGGGAACGGUAUGAUCUCUGUCUGAACUCGGGCGUGGCCCCCUCCCUUCAGCUCCAAACAAAAUUCCCUUCUUUUAAGUAACAGGGCGAAUUCGGAUAAUCGCGAAAACGUUUGAAAGGAUGCGAAGUCUAUUUUUCCGCGACGUUUCCAUGGACGUUGUUCUUUGUCGGAUCGUAAGGUCGCUAAUUUUGUCAUUUCACGUCGCAUGCAGUUCUGGUACAGCUAAGAAUUUACAGAAAAGCGUUAUGCACGUGCAGAGUUGUUGUUUUUCAGAUUAAACCCAUUGCUUUUUUCAUGUUCCCGUUGCCGUCGCCGUCAUUGUUUUAUAAGGUCCCUACUUAAGGUCUCACGACGUCGACGGCAACGAGAACGUCAAAAAAAAAGCAAUAGGUUCUUAAUUAGCAAAACAACAACUCUGCAGCGUACAACACACUUUUUUGUACAUUUGUUUACCCUCACUGCCCGACUACGACGUGAAAAUGCCCUAUUAAUUUGUCAGGUAGUAUGAAGGACGUAAACAUGGUAAACGAGCGACGACAAAAUUUUCUUUCUCUUUCUGAACUUGAACGUGGUUCUAAGGAAUUCACAUCCUCGGAGACCCAGGGGCAGAUAAUAACGAAUAAUUUCGCGUUCUUUCACGACGUAGUGCUGUGAAAAAAGGGUGAGGCACAUGCAAAAUUGUUCUUUUGCUACAUAAACGUUCUGCUUGUUUGACAUUCUCUUUGCUCUCGUCGUCGUGACAUCUCAAAUUCCCUAUCUCCAUUGUAGCAGGAGUGCCCUCACCUCUUUUCUUUCUUUUUAUUAUAUUUACCCGUAAAUAGGUGUGCGGGUCGUGCGCGGGCCGACUGUACUGUCGAGCGGGCCCUCUCUUUUAACGAGAAUUUGCCGAUGGCCAAAAGGAUCGCAGCUCCAGAAAAAGAAUUCGACCACGCAUGCGUACGGUUUUGGCGCGUUUCUCUGAUUCUCUCAGUUUGUUUUGCUUGAAUUUUUCAUAUUUAAGAGGCCUUUUUUCUGUAUUUAACAGUCUAUCAUUAACAUGGAUUCUCUUCUUGAACCAGUAAUUGAGACUGACAAGGAAACCUUUUGUUUGCAAAUAAUGAAACGCCUGGAUUGCCUGCGAAGAAACGAGCAUUUGUGUGAUGUGACUCUAGAAGUUGGAUCCGGCGAUGGUCUAGCUCGCUUGAAAGCUCACAGAAACGUGCUGUGUGCUGCCAGCCCGUUCUUUUACAAUGCCCUCAACACGGAAAUGAAAGAAAAAAAAGAAGGAGUCAUUCGACUGAAAGAUACAAGCAAAGCUUUGAUGGAAGAAGUGCUGGAGUAUUUGUACACAGGACAUGCUGAUGUCAAUGACAAGAAUGCGUAUGAGUUGAUGGCUGUUGCAGAUUAUAUUCUUAUUCCAAGCCUGAAAUAUGUCUGCAGUGAGUACAUCCAACAAACUUUGAGUAUUUCAUCCUGUUUGAUGGCUUAUUAUUCCAGUGUAAAGUAUCAAUGUGCUGAAUUAAAACAAGAAGCCAGGAGCUUUAUAUUUGCUAAUUUUAUGGCUGUUACAGAAACAGAAGACUUUCUCAAUUUGAGUCUUGAUCAAGUUGAGGAAUGGAUUUCAAGUGAUGACAUAGUGGUCAAAGGUGAAGAAGAAGUUUUUAAGGCCAUCUUGAAGUGGACUCAGAAAAACGCUCGCAGAAAACGAAGCUUUAGUCACCUUUUUUGCCAUGUGCGUUGUGUGUAUAUCUCACCCAAUUUCCUUUUCACGAUUGUUUUGCAACAUGAGUUUGUGAAAAACGAGAAGAAGUGUAUGGAUAUGGUUCUAAGUGCCCUAAAAGAGUCUACGGAUGGAACAGAAGCAUGCUUUUUGAAGCAACCACCAAGAAGUUGCCUAAGAACCUAUGAGGAUGUCAUAUUUGGUUGCGGAGGUGUAGAUGGAAGCAAGUUGGUUUGUUACCUUCCAUCGGAGAACAAGUGGUACAAGUUGCGAUGCCAGAAAGGUUCUCGAAACAGGUUUGCUCUUACCACAAGUGUUUGCCAGAGUAAAUUAUAUGUUGUGGGUGGAAAUAUAAGUGGUUCUGUGGCUGCAAGGUAUGAUCCAAUCAUCAACAAAUGGUCAUCCAUCAAGUCUUUUAGGCAGGAAAUCACUCAUCCUGCUGCUGUUACAUUCCGUGGAUUUCUGUAUCUGAUUGGUGGGGUAGAUAACAAUAAGGGAACUUUGAGUACAGUGCUACGAUACAACCCUGAUACAGACCUAUGGCAAGAAGAUGCCCCUCUCUGUGGUCCAAGAUCUAGAGCAUGUGCAGUAUCUGAUGAAAACUACAUCUAUGCAAUUGGAGGGAUGAGUUCAUCUGAGGCUUAUGACUCAGUUGAAAAGUUUGAUCCUGAAACUAAUUCAUGGAAUCUAAUUGCAUCAAUGCAGGGAAAAAGAAGAAACCCCUGUGGUGUUAGUUUAAANAAAGAGUCUACGGAUGGAACAGAAGCAUGCUUUUUGAAGCAACCACCAAGAAGUUGCCUAAGAACCUAUGAGGAUGUCAUAUUUGGUUGCGGAGGUGUAGAUGGAAGCAAGUUGGUUUGUUACCUUCCAUCGGAGAACAAGUGGUACAAGUUGCGAUGCCAGAAAGGUUCUCGAAACAGGUUUGCUCUUACCACAAGUGUUUGCCAGAGUAAAUUAUAUGUUGUGGGUGGAAAUAUAAGUGGUUCUGUGGCUGCAAGGUAUGAUCCAAUCAUCAACAAAUGGUCAUCCAUCAAGUCUUUUAGGCAGGAAAUCACUCAUCCUGCUGCUGUUACAUUCCGUGGAUUUCUGUAUCUGAUUGGUGGGGUAGAUAACAAUAAGGGAACUUUGAGUACAGUGCUACGAUACAACCCUGAUACAGACCUAUGGCAA